AGGUGCUAGCUAAGAAUUUUUGGUGAAUUUCUGCAGUGCAUCUUGCAGAUAGUACACACUGCACUGAAAUUGAGUGUCGUUGGUGGAAGGAGUGGAUGUUUGUGGAUAUGGUGCCAAAGACAUUGCUUUGUCCUGGAUGAUAUCAACACUUCUCAACUGUUGUUGGAGCUUCAUCCAUCCAGAUGGAUUUGAAAACUAACCUCGGCACAGCAAUUGUUUGUUGCUGGAUGUGGCUGGGUCUAGUUCACUCAGAUCGCAGGGUGUGUUUAGAAGCCAAUGCAGAAUCAUGUGAGAAAUGUAUACAAGUUGGACAAAAUUGCGGAUGGUGUUCACAAGUUGAAUUCUUGAGCCAUGGGGUAUUACCAAUGGCACGCUGUGAUGAUAUUGAAUCAUUAAAAAGAAGAGGAUGUCCAAUGGAACAUAUUGAAUAUCCUAAAGGUUCUGUGAGAAUUAUUAGUGAUAAAAAUCUGACUGAUGUGGAAAACGGGAAGAAGGUGAAUUCCGAGGAUGUAAGCCAGAUUCAAGCACAGAAGCUUGUUGUGAAAUUACGACCAGGUGAGCCUCAAACCUUCUCACUGCAGUUUCAGAGAGCUGAAGACUAUCCCAUUGAUCUUUACUACCUUGUGGACCUCUCCCUUUCUCAGCAGGAUGACUUAGAAAACAUGAAAAGACUAGGAAUUGAGCUGGAGAGAAAAUUGCAGAAGACAACUACUGAUUUCAGGAUUGGGCUUGGUAUCUUGCAGAAAAAUUCUUGUACAUCAGGAGAAAUCUGUGGAAGUCAAUUCAGUUUCAAGAAUGUUCUAUCACUGACCUCUGAUGGGGCAAGAUUCAAUACACUCCUCAACAGUCAGACUUUCACUGCGAGUCAGAAUUCUUCAGAAGAUGGUGCAGAUGCUAUAAUGCAGGCUGUGGUCUGUGGGGAUACAACUGGUUGGAGGUCUGUCACAAAAAUGCUUGUCUAUUAUACCAAUACAGGACUCCAUUUUUCUAGAGAUGGUAAAAGCAGCGGUUUGUUGCCCAAUGAUGGUAGAUGCCACAUUGAUAGUCAAGGUGUAUAUACAUUGAAUCAUCAUCAUGAUCAUCCAUCCAUUUCUCAGUUGGCACAAAAGCUUGCAGACAAUAACAUCCAUCUUUUUUUUGCUGUUAAAGAAGAGUUCAAAGACAUUUACAAGAUGUUUCACGAUUCAAUUCCAAAAUCUGAAGUGGGCAUCCUGACACCGAAUUCUAGUGACGUAUUCAAGUUAAUCCUUGACGCUUAUCAUGCUUUGUCUUUUGCUGUGAUCUUGGAGAAUAGCUCAUUGCCAGAAGGAGUGACAAUGCAUUCUACAGUCUACUGUAAUAACAAUACUGUACAUACAGAGGAAGACAGCUCCAAGUGUUCAGGGAUUCACACUGGUGACAAGGUGAAAUUUGACAUACAUGUUACAGCAAAGAAAUGCCCAACAAAUGAGCAGGAGGCAACUAUUCAGCUCAAGCCAACAGGUUUUAAUGAGAAAGUGGAAAUCACUCUGAAGUUUUUAUGUGAAUGUGAGUGCCAUAAACAGGAAAUCACAAAACGCCCAGAUUGCAAUGAGGGGAAUGGAAAAAUAGAGUGUGGAGUCUGCAAAUGCAAUGAAGGACGCAUUGGUCGAUUUUGUGAAUGCAACAUUGAUGAAAUAUAUCGUGAGGAUAUGCUUGCCUCCUGUAGAAAAGAUAAUGCAUCUCUAGUUUGCAGUGGUAAUGGAGAUUGUAUCUGUGGGGAAUGUGAAUGCAACAAGAGGGAAAAUCCCAAUGAAUACUUCGCCGGCAGAUAUUGCGAAUGUGAUAACUUCAGUUGUGACCGAUUCAAUGGAUUGCUCUGUGGAGGAAAUGGCAUUUGCCAUUGUGGAAAAUGUGAGUGCCUACCUACUUUUACAGGCAGUGCCUGUCAUUGUUCAAUAGAUAUGGAUUCAUGUAAAUCACCGAAUGGCCAGAUAUGUAAUAACAAAGGAAUAUGUGAAUGUGGUCAGUGUAGAUGCACAGAGGGGUUCGCAGGACCAACAUGUGAGCACUGUCCAACUUGUUCUGGUGUCUGUACGGACCUUAAGGACUGUGUCCUGUGUAAAGUCUUUCAAAAAGGACCCAAGAAAGAAAUCUGUGAUCAGUGUGGGUUUGAAGUAACUGUAGUGGAUCAUCCAGUUGAGUUGCCACAAUCGCUUUGCAGGUUUAUGGACCCAGACAUCGGCAACUUCUGCUUUUCAUAUAUUUUUAACAACCAGAAUGUUCCAGAAGUUCAGGUUGCUAAAAUCCUAGAUUGGUGCUAAAUCUGGUCCACAAGUACAAUGAGCUGAGCUGAGCUGAGUUGAGUUGAGAUGCCUCUGCUUUGAAAAUGAGAAUCCUGAAUCAUUUCUCUAUCAAUCUCUGAAUCAAGAUUUCAUGAAGAGGAUAUUCGUUGCACAAAGACCUGCAAUGGAAUCACAUAUUUUUAUUAGUGUGUACUGUGUGUGCAGCAGUCAUUGUAAUGCAGUUUACUU